AUGUCCUACCCAUACUUGCCUAUAAUCUCUGUCCUCAACUACCAUCCCUCCGAAGGCAACGCCGGUGUCCCUAUUUUUGUCCAACUUUACUUCUACUAUCCUACCCGAGAACAAAUAUAUCUACGUCUGAACAUUGGCUGGACAGCAGUCACCACUCAAGUCUCCAAGAUUUCCGAAAAAUAUCACCGUUAUCAUCUUCGUGCUACGAUUCCGCACAGAAUGCGUUAUCUGAAGGUUGCCCUUAGCAUCGAGGUAGUUGACUCGCAGAACAACGUUCUCCAUUCUGUCUUCGUUGGCUACUUUACCUACAAGGAACCCGAUAUUCCC